AUGACGCACGAACACAAGUCGUGCACGGAGCGGCCGCGGAAGCUGGGCGCGAGGUUCACGUCGCAGUUUAUUGCGCCCGACGAGAAGGUGGAGUCGUUCGACCUCGACUUCGACGGCAAGCGCGACCGCUGGAACGGCUUCGACCCCUCCACGUACGCGCGCGUCGUCGCCGCGCACGGCGUGCGCGAAGAGGCGCGGCGGAGGUUCCGCAAGGAGCAGCAGCUGCGGAGGCUCAGUGGCGCGGGGGGGGAGGCGGGGGAAGCAGGGGAAGCGGGGGAUGGGGGUGAGGAGGGAGAGGGAGAAGGGAAGGGAGGGGGAGAGGAGGAGAGGGAUGAGGCGAGGGUGGACGAGAGCGAACAGCGGGAUUUCGCCAAGGUGGAGAAGCGCGUGAGAACGACGGGAGGCGGCAGCACUGGGACGGUUCGCAACCUGCGGAUCCGCGAAGACACGGCAAAAUACCUCCUUAAUCUGGAUGUCAACUCCGCGUACUACGACCCUAAGACGCGGUCGAUGCGCGAGGACCCGAAUCCUGGAGGCGAAGCGGACGAGAAGUUUUAUAAAGGGGAUAAUUUCAAUCGGAUCAGCGGGCAGGCGGUGGAGUUUCAUCAGCUCACGCUGCACGCGACUCGCGCGAACGAGGCGGCGCGCGACGCGCGCGGGGAGGUGCACGUGCAAGGCGCGCCCAGCCAGGCGGAGCUGCUGCACCGCGAAUUCAAGGUGCGCAAGGAGCGGCUGCUGGCUGCGAAGCGCGAGGCGGUGCGGGAGAAAUACGGCAACGCGGCGGCAGAUCCCGAGGCGGACGGCGUGACGGGCGCGCUGCUGCUGGGGCAGACGGAGACGGCCGUGGAGUACGACCGCAGCGGACGCGCCGUGAAGGGCCAGGAGAAGCUGGUGGUGGCGCGAAGCAGGUACGUGCAAAAAGGCAGGUGCGCGCAGUGGUCAUGCGAAAUGGACUGGAGGGCGUGCAAGGAGGGAGGGAACGGCGUUAUGAAGGGACAGGAGUAG